AGGUGCGGCGUCGCGACGUGCGCAGUGCCCGCCGGGAAUCCAGAGACGUCAGAUGCCGAGUGGAGUGUCUCGAUCGACGCAACAACCUUCACGCGAUUCAUAAAACAAAACGUAACCGUUUACUAACAACUUUCCUAGAAUCAUGACGGAAGGAACGAAAGAAGAGGUUCGGGUCUGGUGCGACGGAUGCUACGAUAUGGUACACUUUGGUCAUGCCAAUUCCUUACGUCAGGCCAAAGCCUUAGGGGAUUAUCUGGUAGUUGGAGUUCACACAGAUGCUGAGAUAACAAAACAUAAAGGACCGCCAGUAUUUACCCAGGAAGAACGUUACAAAAUGGUGAGAGGAAUAAAAUGGGUUGACGAAGUAGUGGAAGGUGCGCCGUAUGUAACGACAUUGGAAACAUUGGACAAACACGGUUGCGCAUUUUGUGUUCACGGAGACGAUAUCACGAUGACUGCAGAUGGAGUAGACACUUAUCACCUCGUAAAGAGCUGUGGCCGUUACAAAGAGGUCGAAAGAACUGCUGGUGUGUCAACGACAGAUUUAGUGGGUCGAAUGCUGCUGAUGACCCGCCAGCAUUUCAGACAAGGCGACAGUGAAUACAGUGUGGAUAGAGAACCAAGUAAAAGUAUGGGACAGGACAGAACGGCUCGAUGUCCAUGGACAGGCUGCUCGCAGUUCCUACCGACAACUCAAAAGAUAAUUCAAUUCAGCGAUGGUAAGGUUCCACAGCCGGACGACAAGAUCGUCUAUGUCGCUGGUGCCUUCGAUUUGUUCCACGUGGGGCAUCUCGAUUUCUUGAAGGAAGCAAAAAAGGAGGGCGACUAUCUCAUUGUUGGGCUACACACUGACCCGGCGGUGAACAGAUACAAAGGAAGCAAUUACCCUAUUAUGAACCUUCACGAAAGAGUUCUCAGCGUUUUGGCGUGCAAGUAUGUAAACGAGGUGGUGAUUGGGGCGCCGUACGAAGUGACCAAGGAAUUGAUGGAGCAUUUUAAUGUGUCCGUUGUCUGCCACGGCCAAACACCGAUAAUGCCAUGUGAAAACGGAUCCGAUCCAUAUGCAGAACCGAAAUUGCAAAACAAAUUUAAGCCGUUGAACAGUGGUAACGAUAUGACGACGGAGAGAAUAGUCGAAAGAAUUAUACUUCACAGAUUGGAAUUCGAGGACAGAAAUUUAAAGAAGGAAAAGAAAGAGCUAGCUGCUUACGAGGCUUUUGUAAAAUCGAAAUCAGAGAAUAUUGAGAUGGCUGGAUAAAUCCGAGAAGGUUCAGAUGAGACGGUGAAAGGGGGACGGGGGGAGGGGGGAGGGGGGCACACGGAUGGCCGUGAAUCUGUACAUAAAGUACAUAAACAUACCACUUUAAAAUACUUUUUAAUUACUAUUUAUUGAUUAUUGCCUAAUUAUUUAGAGCUGUAAACUAAUGGUAACACGAUAAGUAUAAUACAAUAUACAGGGUGUUUAUGUUAAUUCUGCACAUACUUCUAGGGUGUGUAGAGGCUGACUAGGUAAGCAUUUUAGGGUAAGACACGCAUGGUCGGAAACUCAUCCUAACGGUUGUGGAGAGCUUUGAAGGAUUUGGUACCGCAAGCUUGUCCGUCGGCUAAUGAAUCAGAUGUGAUCACUUUCGACCCAAGGUUUUAUUUAACCGUAGAGAACAGUACAAAGUUCUUGUGUGAAGUCAACAAAACGAUAAGCUCGGAACAAAAAACGAUAAAGAAUGAGAAAAAUAACAAAGAAAUUUUUGUAGUUCGGAAUAUGUAGAAUUUCACAUCUUCAGACUUUCAUAGCCGGUGUUCAAAGUGUUCGCUACCUUCAAGAGAGCACUUCAACAAAAUCUGGUCGUUUUCUAUAACUUUCUGGAGUUCUGUUUAUAAGCACCGCAAAUUGUUUUCUUUUUUUCUUUUUUUAUUACCAAGUUUAUAGUUUUGCUGACUUUACACGAGAGCUUUGUACUGUUAUCUACAGCUCAAUCAAAUCUGAUUCAUUACACCAGAAACACGCCGCUGUACCAAAUCUUUUAAAGCCCUCGACAGUCGUUAGAAUGAGUUUCCGACCAUGGGUGUGUUACCUGAAAAUGCUUGCCUAAGCAGCCCCUACACACCCUAGAAGUAUGUCCACAGUUUACAUAAGCAUCCUGUAUUAUAUUAUACCUCAGAUAUUAUAUAAAUCAAUCAAAUUAAUAUGGGAAAUCUUAUGAUGAAAUUUAUUUACGUUCGAAAAAUCGAACUAAUUUUCAAUCGAUUGCUUACAUAUCCUUCAUUGCUAUUCUGUAUCUAUAUAUAAUCUGUUAUGCUUGUCCGCCUGUUUACGUUUUUACGUACACAUAUAUUUAUUAUUAUUCGGUCUCUUACGCAAAUUGGUAUAAAUUAAUCAGAACUGACGCGGUAUUAGGCUGGGAUCUAUUUGGCGUUUGUACCCAACUAUUAAUAUUACACAGUUUAACUGUUGAGUUAACUAUUUGUUGAAUGUUCAACUAGCUAAUUCUCAUAUAUUUUUUUUUCUCUUGUGACAUUGCGACGGGGUAACCGAUACUUGCAUAUAUACAUACACUAUGAACGAUGUCACAAACAAGUGUCUGAAAUGUAUUUAAUGCUGUAGAUGACUAACUAAAGUAUUGAGUAUCUACGAUUUUCUGUACUUAUAUUUAUGUCUGAAUAUGAAUUGUAUGUUUCUGAGAAAUACGUUUUGCGCAUGUGUGGAUAAGAAAAAAUACGUCGUAACAUGUCUGAACUUUAUGCAAUGACUCACAAUUCUGUUCCAAUAAUUAUGUCAUCUCAUGAAACUAGAAUUAUAAACUGUGCCUUAACUCUUCAUCAUUAAAAAUGGAACAAAAAGAAAACCAAUAAUACUUAAAAUAUGGCUAUUACCAGUGUGUGCAAAUAUGAUUAGCAAUAAACUUAUUUGGAGCAUUUGGAGAGGUUUUUUUUUAAUGUCAAAUUGAAGAUUUGGGUCUUUCAUUCCAAAAUUUCUUUACAUCAUAGCAAUUUUUUGAUUAGUAUGGGCAAAAGUUUUUUGGAAGUAUUGCAAACUUGAAGUUUCUUCUGCACUUAUGAUUCAAUUAUAAUCGUACUGGAAAUAAUGAUUUUUUAAAACUUAGAAAUUGUAACAAAGGGGUGAAAGGUGAAGUAAAUCAUUUUCCAAGAGUUCAGACAUUUUAUGAAAAAUUUCUCCACCCCACAUAUAAACUUACUCUGUCUAUGCCAAAUAGUAAGUGUAAUAAUAUAAUUACUAAGUCAAACGAUCUGAUAUAAAUUGCAAUAUACAUAAAUUGUCACUUU